AUGUCUUCAAAAGUUUUACCUACUCCAUUUAAAUUUAAUGCUUCGGCGACAGAACCAAUGGUACCCUUGUUGAAGGAAUUGCCCAACUCAGCAAGCGAUUGUGCAGAUAUCCCGUCUUAUCCAACACUUGAUUUUCCCGUCACCGUUUAUAAGGCCUUAGAUCUGAACCAUUACAAAUACAAUAACGAAACUUGGCACAAAGAAAUCACUGAUAGCGAAACCAAGAACAACCAGAUUCAAGAGCUGCUUGCGCUUGAAAUGUAUGCUUGUUUUCCAGAACGGUUUUCCCAUUUAACUGAAGUCUCCCCCAAUUCAACGGCCAUUUGGAGAGCUCUAUUUCGCAAGGCUCUUUCUUUUUAUCGCGAAAAAAACUGUGAUCCCGUCUUUGUUGCCUUAAAGCGUAUAAAUCCCACAAGCUCUCCAGACAGGAUUCUCGAUGAGGUCUCUUUCAUAUCCGACGUCAGCUUUCACGAGAACAUUGUAAACAUUAUUUCUGUUCAGCGUUAUGAAGACCAGAUAGUUGUGGUUACCCCUUACUUCCAGCAUUCCGAUUUCAGAGUUACAUUUUAUUUUAAUGUCCUAGGAUUACUACCAGACAAUGGAUCUCACCCAGCUUCAAUGCUACAUGAAAAGCCUGUUAGAUAUUCUCCUCUUACGGAGCCGGCAAAUUCUGCAGAUUUACCUUCUGUUCCUUCUGAAAACCGCCAUCCUUUGUUUUCGAGGUCCGGGUAUUUGGUCAACGACAAACGCCCAGCAUUUAAAGCCCCGAGAGCGGGGACACGUGGAUUUCGCGCCCCUGAAGUUCUAUUUAAAUGUGCUCACCAGACUCCCCUGAUAGACAUGUGGUCGAUUGGUGUUAUUUUUUUAACCAUCCUUAUUGGCCAUUAUCCCUUGUUCAAUUCAUCUGACGAUUUUGAUGCUGCUGUUGAAAUUGCAUGUAUUUUUGGGAAUGAGGCCAUGAAAGACGCUGCAUUGUUUUAUUCCCGGGAGUGGAAGUGUAACACUCCCUCGGUUCCAGAAAAAAGAGUGCCUUUUUCAAAGCUCGUUGAGCAUUUCAAUCCAAAUCUUUUUAAAAUCCUUCCAGAUGAGGCCUUUGAUCUUUUAAAUCGUCUCCUUGCUUUAAAAACGUCGGAUAGAAUAUCUGCCGCCGAUUCUCUCCGUCAUCCGUUUAUUGUAGGUGAUUUUGGCUCAUGUACAAAAAAUUUAUAA